AACCGACUGGAGAGGCUGAGAACACCACAGCUAUGGUCAUUAGCUAUUGUUUUAUCUUCUUCCGAAACUCAUUUUGAAGCUACUUACACACGUAUCACCAUCAUGCUCUGCCAUUUUUGUCCUCUACCCACUGCAUCUUCACUUCAAUUAUUGAACUUCCAAAAACAAUUCCUCCGCCCCCCGCCACCUCACCCACCGCCACCAUCCCAGAAUCUCUCCAUCUGAGCUUCCAUUAAAAAAAAUAGAAAAAAAAAAAAACAGAAACAACUACUUUUCCUUCACUUUCAUGGAGCACUCACCUUCCAUUUUCAUUUCCCCUGAACCUCCACCAUUCCCUGCACCUCCCAGAAGCGUAGAUUUGUCUCCUCUUGAGUUCAUUCUUGGUCUCAUCGCUGUUAUUGCCAUCCCUGCCUUGAUCUACACCUUCUUUUUCUCAAUCAGGUGCCCUCCUACCCUUUUCAGAAGGCGGCGCUGGAGCAAUUCUGGGGAAUUUCCCCCCAUCGACGAGAACCCACCUGAGAAUAAGGAAUUGGUUUCUGAUGUUAAGUAUCUGAAGGAAACCCAUGUGAAGGAUAUUGGAAGCGAGUGUCCAGUGUGCUUGUCUGUUUUCGCUGAUGGGGAAGAAGUGAAGCAAUUGAGUGUGUGCAAGCAUAGCUUUCAUGCUUCUUGUAUCAAUAUGUGGCUUAAUUCUCAUUCUAAUUGCCCUGUUUGUAGAGCUUCUGUUCCUGUCAAGCGAUCUAAUAAUGGGACGUCGACGUCGACGGCGACGGCGGUGUCCUCCUCCUCUCGAGCCAAUGAUCUCCACCAAGGUUUGCCGGAUGCUACCUCUUUGGUUUGAUUACAAAAAUCUAGCUAGCUUCUUGGUUUAGCUUUAGCUUUCUCGAUGGAUCUUUAAAUUUCCUAGUUCUUGUUCACUUUCUGUUUGUUUUUUUGCCCCAGCAAAAGAAAGAAAAUCAAUCUUGUUGAGAAAUGCAUAAUUCUUUGCUUGAAUAAGUUUCAGCAAUCCAAUGGCUGUGAAUUGUAAGCUAGAUUAGAAGAAUUUCAGAAGAAUUUUCCUAAAUGACUCCAUGUUUGAAGAAAAUGGAACAUGUGGUUGAUAGAAUAUUUGAUAGCUAAAGACUUCUGUAGAUCUCCAUCAUUAAUGGAAAUGGUAAAAAUAUUAGUACCAUUGAAGCCUUAA